AUGGUGAGCUUUGCCGAUCUGGUCUCUUUGCCUAAGGGUGCUUCGAAGGCGAAGUGGCGAACUCUGUUGUAUAUUUCGUGACUUUGCAUACAAGCACGUCAACAAUUCAGUCGUGAUUUCAGUAUAGUUAUUAAUUUUUCCUUUUAACAUUUGAGACGAUAUUUUGUUCCCAAUGAACGCUUUCUUCGGCCAAAUGCCCAGUAAACUUUGCGUGCGUUUAACCCGCUCCGUGGUUGAAACUUUUGAUUAAAAAUUCCACAAUUUCCAUUAAACUUUACAGACGACAUUCAAGCAACGUCUUGUUCGAAGUUUGGUCAAUCACGGUUUAGCUGUUGUGGGCUGCACCACGGUUAUAGUCACAUAUCAUUUCUCGACGAGUGGCGACGAGAGAUUUUACAGAUCCAUUGUCAUGCCAGUUGUAAUGAAGGUUCUUGAUGCUGAACGCGCCCAUGCAUUUGCUGUAUGGUUGGCUUCCAAAGGUCUUGUUCCUGUGGACAGAACUGGUGAUCCAGAGAUCUUGGUAAAUGCAAAUGUUAUUUGAGAAAAAGAAAUCGGGUUUGAGGGGGGUAAACUGGCCUGCUUUCUCCACCCUUCUCCCCUACCCCCACUUUCCUCCCCAACCACCCAUGUUGCCCAUCUUUCCUGAGCAGUUCACCUGUAUCCUUUUAAACUCCUGAGGAGAGAGAUUCUGGGAGAGUGUCAUCAAAGAGCACAAUGUAAUUCACCAUAGCAAGGGCUCCUAACUUUUUAACACCCAAGAUCUCAUUAGUAAUUCUCCUUACUGUCUGUCAUACAAUUCUUAUGAUGCUAGUUCUGAGAAUUUAAUACUGGAUCAACUGGGACAUCCCCAACCUCAUAUUUUUCUUUAUUCUCAUCACCUGUCUGAUCGAUAAUGUAAGGAGGAAUUCUGCCUUGGUCACUCACAGGAGUUAGAGGGUUAACAAGAUCUUCAAAUCUGAAAUCCAUUACACUUAGGUUGGUGUAUCUCUCUUACUUGGGGUAUUCAAACAAAAAUAGCCUUGAGGGUCAGAGAAAAAGGCUUUGUGAGAACCUUCAGUACAGUGGGUAUCUAUAACCACUAUACUGCUUAAUGAUUAUAUUGCACUGUUGAAACAGGAUGAGAGUGUUUCCUUGGGAGGGGGGGGUUAUUUCUUAACAAUAGACUAGUAAGGAUGUGCUAUUAGGUGUGGUGGUAUUUUCUUGACUGGAUUGACUAUCAUGGAGUUUCAUUUCCAACAGAGUCACUAGAGUGGGGUCACACAUUUUCAGAAAUUUUUGGGAUAAUUGACCAUAAUGGGAAAAAGGUUCUACCAUGCAAAUACUCAGCAAAAAUUGACCCAAGUAUCCCACCCUAGGGUCUUUUCCUCUAUUCUUAGAAUUUACAUCUUAGGGAUUUUUCUGUUUUUUUUUAACUUAUAUUAUGUUUUAUCACAAUUAUUUGUGUGAGAACUUACAUGAUUGACUUGCAACUUCUUAUUUGAAUCCAGAGAACCACAGUAUUUGGUCUUCCAUUUCCCAACCCAAUUGGAUUGGCAGCAGGCUUUGACAAGCAUGGAGAAGCAGUUGAUGGAUUAUUAAAAACUGGAUUUGGUUUUGUAGAGAUUGGAAGUGUAACUCCAUUGCCACAGGCUGGUAAUGACAAGCCUAGAGUAUUCAGACUUAUGGAAGAUAAAGCUGUUAUUAACAGGUAAGGCCAUGGAAAGAAAAACUUAUUUUAACUCCCUGGAGCCUGAAAAAAAAAAUUAUGUAAAGCUAUGUUAUGCACAUAGAAAAGGUCAGUCUGUAUCUCAUACUGUUCACAUUUAUGUUGAUACAGUGCAGUUGAACCUCUCUUUUAAUGCACUUCUAUUCAGGAGAUAACUCUGUUUAGGAGAUUGAUGGGGCUGUCCUGGUGUACUGGUACACGGGGGAAUUCCUAUUGUUUUCAUAUCCAUACAUGGAGUUGUGACGCAGUUCGUUAAUGCUUGUUCCUUUGUGUACCGGUACACGAGGACACAACCAGAUUGAUGCUGACUGGUCUUAACUGAACAAAAUGCUCCAGUAAUUACCCUUGUCUCCAUUAUCCUCAUUGAAAUUACACCUCCAUGUUCCAAGGGUGUCAUCUUCAUUGGGGCUCUAUGGUUUGCUGUCAGAGAUUGAGCAAUGAAUCAGCUGAAAUAAGUGUUUAAAAAAGACAAUAUUAUACUUUUUGCUGAACUAAAAAUGAAAAUAAUCUGUAUGAAGAGAUGUUCAGGUCUCAUUUUUCUAACUUAUUUCCCACACCUUACUAGAAUUGACAACUUUGUUUCAUUCUUAUUAGAUAUGGUUUCAACAGUGAUGGACAUGAGACUGUACGAUCACGACUGGAGGAGCAGGUCAAAUCUAGGGGGCACCCACCUGGAAUCCUUGGAAUAAAUCUUGGUAAAAAUAAAACAUCUAACAAUGCCGCAGAUGACUAUGUUAAAGGAGUGCAGUGCUUCAGUGGCUUGGGAGACUAUGUGGUUAUCAAUGUUUCAUCUCCAAAUACACCAGGCCUGAGAUCUCUACAGGGCAGACAAGAAUUAGAAAAACUAAUUGAUAAGGUGAGAUGAGUAAGUUACCAUAUUCGCUUGGGUUGUGCAAUAACUUCUUACUAACCAAGUGCGAGGGCAGUACUGUAAGUUAUGGGGGAACAGGGACAAAGGUUAGGGAGAUAACCUUAGAAUUCUGAGCUUCUUGUUUUUUGCUUUUAGGUAAUUGAGGCUCGCAGUUCGUUGCCUGUAGAUGUACAACAUCCUGUAUUGGUAAAGAUUGCUCCAGAUCUGACAGAAGUUGACAAAGAAGAUAUUGCAGCUGUGGUUACAAGGAAACAGGUCUGUUUUGUUCUAUUUUAGCCCAUAUGGCUUUGUCCUUUUAAAUUAUGGAAGUUCAGAGUUUGAGAAAUAUUUCACUUCCGUAGAUAAACUAUUAGAAUGUGAUGAUUUCUAGGGUGGAGUUGAUGGAAUUAUAGUGACAAACACAACUGUUGCAAGACCAGAAACAUUACAGAGUAGUAACAAGAAAGAAACUGGAGGGCUGAGUGGAAAACCUUUGACUGAAAUGUCCACACAGACAGUGUCAGACAUGUUCAGACUAACAGAAGGUGAGGGUCUGAACUAUCAUUUUUGGGUUUUACUCUGUCAUUGUUUUCAAAGUACAACCCAGAAAAAUGAAAUUGCAGGUGUUUCAACAAAAGCUGCUAAGCAGUAGUAAGACCUCUCACUACUGUCUUUUUAGUUGCAAAGCACUCUUUUUAAUGCCUACAAUUUUCGAGAUUCUCCAUUUCAAAUUUUUCUUUGAGGAGAAUGCCCCAAGAACCUUAGAGGAAAGGGGCCUCAUGGCGUCUUUUCCAGAACAGCUGCACAUUACAUCAUUGGCAGCUUCUUUUGGCUAAAGUUACUAAAACCCCUGGAAUUAUGAUUAAUUUUGUUUACUGAACUUUCUCCUAGUUAGGAUUUACACUGUAGCUUUUCUUCUGAUGGUACACAACUAAACAGCUCAUCAUCACCUUUGUUAUUCUGUCUACCUAUGAAUUGCUUGCAGCUGAUCCUAACAGAAUGCAGGAUGGCUGUUGCACAUGGACCUACAGCUUACUAUUAAGUUGGGGCUUUUUCUUCAAUUCCUGGUGCUACUUUCUUGAUUUAUGAAUAUUAAAUGGAAUCAGGAUGGGUAAUGGGUAACCUGAAGGUCAUGGAAUUUUGCUAUAUCAUUUUCCAGGCUUAGAGAGUCAUUCGGUUUUAGUGUUGGUAUAAAGAAAGACUGAGAAAAUGGCUGAAAGCAUUUCUUUCUUUAGUAGAAAUUCCUUUGUCUGUGAAAGUUUUAAAAUUUUGUAAGUCCAAAAGUGUUCCUGCUAAAGAAUGUUAAAUCACUCGGUAAGAGUGAAGUUAUUCUGACUGGUCUUUCCUAUGUACUCCUGACCAUGAUUUUCUUAAUGUUCUAAAGGCAAAAUACCAAUUAUUGGUGUUGGAGGGAUUUCUUCAGGUCAAGAUGCCUAUGACAAAAUCAGAGCUGGAGCUUCAUUGAUUCAGCUAUACACAGCCCUUGCUUAUGAAGGACCUCCCAUUGUGAAGAAAAUAAAGAGGGAACUUUCCGAACUCCUGAAGUUAGUUGACAUUCUUUUUUUUUUUUUUAAUGCUUUAACUUUCUGAAGUGAUUCACAUGUAACUUCUCCCUACAAUAUCCAUGUACUAUCCAGCAAACAGGUAAUGAAAAUACUCAAAUGUAUCAGGGAGAAGUUGUCAUCUUGAUCUUGCACCAAAUUCUUGGAACUAAUUUACAAGGAAAUGUGUAGCAGCUAGAGAGGAGAAUUAACAAUCAGAUCUUGGGAGUUAAAGGGUUGAUUGAUUCCCCUUAUAAGAAUAUGAGUAUCAUAAUGGUAAAAUGUACCUCAAAAACCAUCACAGGUUUUGUACAGGUCAUGGUAAACCCCAAAGGUCAUGAAAUUCCAUGAUCUUCCAGACCUGAAAAGUCAUGGAAUUUGAGUCUGGGUCAUGAAAAAGGAAAAAAAAUUAUAUUUUAAGAGUAGCAAAGAGAUGAGUAUCCUUUUGAUUUGAUCAUUUCCUCUUUAUUUUGGGAGCAACAUCUCUAUAGUAGGUCAUGGAAAAUAUCAAAGAGGUCCUAGACAACAUGGAAAGCAGUAGAAUUUUAGGAUUUUGAAAGAGUAAAACUCUGUAUCAUCAUUGCUAUACAGGUUGUAGCAUUGCUAAGUACAGUUAGCGGUGAAUAAGGAAUUCAGGAAACACACAUGAAAUGUAACUCAUAUUUUAUUGUGAGCCUUAUUUUAGAUACUUACACUUCAACUUAAGAUAUUUUGUUUUGUUGAUCUCUCCCAGGAAGGAUGGUUUCAAGUCAGUAGAAGAAGCUGUUGGUAUUGAUCACAUCAAACCCAUAUGACCACUGAGAUGCAAGAAUGGAAGCUUUCACCUUUUUUUUCCAAAGAGUGUAAAUGCCACUUGCUAUUUAAUCUGCAAAAAUGGAAAGCACACAAUAUAGGUCCUUUUUUGAAUUUGUCGAUCAAUUUAAUAUCUAAUUCCAUGAUACAAUCUGACCAAGUCAUUUUUGCAGUAAAAUUAGCGUGACCUCCAUUAACAUAUAAUUGUCAUCUCAACACACAGCAUUCUGACCAACAAGCAACUAUGCUGAUUACAGCAUUAACCCUUUCAGUCAUCUACAAAACAUUUGUUAACUUACACAAUCAUGUAGUUCAAUGGCACUGUUUGAUAUGAUGAGUGAGGAGCUUAAGUGGUAUUUUUGAGAAGGGUAUUUAAAACUGGUUCAUUUGUAUUUGAAUAAAACAUGUCAAGAGUGUUUUGCAAGAAUUAAUAAUUUUGUCAUAAUUUCUGUUGUUGUCAUUGUUGUUAGACUGCAGG